GUCCGGCCCGGGACGAGGCUGCAGUCGGGGUUCAGUGGGGAGCGGCGCCUCCGGCCAGCCCCUCCCGCCCGCCGGGGGGAAGGCGCUCGCUGCCGCGCCCUGGCUGGGAGGGCUUCCGAUUUCAGCAGGGCGGCUUCCGGAAGGCGGAGCUCCAACCCCAUUUCCUUUCUCUGGGCCUGAGCUGGUCCCGGCUUCCCGGUUCCCUGCGGCAGCGGCAUGGGCGGCGCGCGGGACGUGGGCUGGGUGGCGGCGGGGCUGGUCCUCGGCGCCGGCGCCUGCUACUGCAUCUACCGGCUGACUCGGGGCCCGCGGCGAGGCGGGCGCCGGCUGCGCCCCUCGCGGUCCGCAGAAGACUUAACUGAUGGUUCCUAUGAUGAGAUCUUAAAUGCUGAACAACUUGAAAAACUUCUAUACCUGCUGGAGUCAACCAAUGAUCCUAUAAUUGUUGAAAAAGCCUUGGUCACCCUGGGUAAUAAUGCAGCCUUCUCAGCUAAUCAAGCCAUUAUUCGUGAGUUGGGUGGCAUCCCAAUUGUUGGAAACAAAAUCGACUCUCUGAACCACAGUAUUAAAGAGAAAGCUUUAAAUGCACUAAAUAACCUGAGUGUGAAUGUUGAAAAUCAAAUCAAGAUAAAGGUAUAUGUCCAGCGAGUCUGUGAGGAUGUCUUUGCGGAUCCCUUGAACUCCCCUGUGCAGCUGGCUGGACUGAGGCUGCUCACAAACAUGACCGUCACCAAUGACUACCAGCACCUGCUCAGCAGCUACAUCGCAGGCCUGCUCCACCUGUUACUUAUUGGAAACGGAAGCACCAAGGUUCAGGUUUUGAAGCUGCUUUUGAACUUGUCGGAGAAUCCAGCCAUGACAGAAGGACUACUGAGUGCUCAAGUGGAUUCUUCAUUUCUUUCCCUUUAUGAUGGCCAAAUAGCAAAUGAGAUUCUUCUUCGGGCGCUUACACUGUUUCAGAAUAUAAACAAUUGCCUCAGAGUAGAAGGCUGCCUAGCUAGUCAGCCUCCCUUCGCUAAGGGGUCAUUGUUCUCCCUGUUGUAUGGAGAAGACUGUGCCCAGAAAAUGAGAGCUCUAGUUUAUCACCAUGAUGUGGAUGUCAAAGAGAAGGUUUUAGCAAUAAUGCCAAAAUUCUGAUGGGUUGCUCCUACUUUUUCUAAGAGUAAUGCAAUCUUAAGUCAGCACACAGGAACUUAUUUUCUACCUUCCUUUAAAAGGAUUGUUUCAGCUGAUGGAGUUAAACAAUAAAAGUUGUAUUUUGUUUUUAACACAGUUCAGGGUGAGCAGCUAUACUCCAAGAUGAUUUUCAAAAUUUGGGUUUUUGUUUUUUUGUUUUUUCUUUUGAGACAGGGUUUCUCUGUAUAGCACUUGGCUAUCCUGGAACCUGCUCUAGACAAGGCUGGCCUCGAACUGACAGAGAUCUACCAGCCUUUGCCUCCCGAGUGCUGAGAUUAAAGGCAUGCACCACUACCACCUGGCAAAAUUUUGGAUUUUGGAGUAGUUCAGAUUUGGGUUUGGGGAUUAGGUAUGAUCAACAGGUGAAGUCUACAAAUACUCCAGUCAAACACUCAGGAUGUGACUCACUUCUGGGACAAACAUUUAGUUAGGUUUAUUUCGAAUGAUCUUACUGGUAUCAAAUGAAUAUGACAGAUUGUGCUGGAGAUAUUUAUGGAGAUGUUCAAUAGUUCCCUCACAUGGAAUGAGUGGCCUUUCUCUGUACAACUAACUGCUGGAAGGGGUUCGCAGUUGCUCAUCAGACGGCUUUAGGUGCUGAGUUGAAGACUAGAACUGGCACAGCAAGGACCCUGUGCUUCAGCGACACCCAAGCUCAAGUACCCUUGCCAACCCCACCUACUGCCUGCAGGUCUUUGUUCAUUGUCAGAAUCUUCCCUAACUUCUGAUCAGUGAAACUUUUUCCAUUUACAGGGAAAAUGUUUUCUCAGUACUCACCCCCAUGUAUAAGGAUGUGUAAAAUAUUGGAGAGCAAUCCAAGUUUGCACCCACAGGCAGCUUGGUAAACCAAGUAGCUGCUCUUUAAACAAAACGGACCUGAGUGAGUCUGACUGUACUCAUAUAGAAAUACACCCAAGAAAUGGAUGUUUUUAAAAGCAUGUUGUAAAGCAAUGUAUUAUGGUUCUGUGCAUUUUUUUUUUUUUAACAAUGAGAAAUACAUUUAUACAUGGACAGAACAUUUCUAGAAGGAUACGUGAAACUUCUGGGCAUAGGACUGGGAGGUGAGUACAUUGGAUUUUCUGUGUGUACCCAUUUCUACUGUUUGAAUUUUUUACUGAGCAUAAAUGUAUAAUUUUUUUAAUAAAAACAAAAAAAGCAA